CGCAAAAUUGUGCACAUAAAAACCAGCAGAAUCAUCAAAAACAUUAAUUAAAAACAGAAAGAUGAUCCUGGGCUGAGAAUGUUCGGGGAUCGUCGUCAGUGAGGGACGGUAAUUAAUAACAACAGACAUUUAAUGUGAUGUAAUGAGAUCUAUGGAAGUUUGUUUCUGCCAUGGGAUAAGAAAAUUUGAAAAAAGCCUCGUCUGGAGCGCAGCGCUGGUGCUUCAACACGCCGUCUGUGAAGACUCUGAUUAGUGAAGAGGAGAGAGAAUAUAAACACACCUUCAUCCUCAGAUCUGAAUCUUCUCUCUCCAGGACCAGAAUCUGGGAACGCAGAGGGACCGAGAGAAUACAGAAGAGGAGACGACAGGACAAAACCAGCACAGCCAUCAGGAUUAAAGACAGCGGAGAGGAAAUACCGCGGAUCGAGGAGGAAUCGCAGAACCGACAGCCAGAAGUGCUGCGAGUUUCUCUCAAGCUGGACUCGACUCGAGCCGUUUCUCAGGAUGUGGUUUUCCAGAAAACAUUCGGCUCGAACAAUAGAGACAGGAAAAGUGAAGUACAGCGAUUCAAAGCAGCGGAUCGGUUGUGUGAAGGGCUCGUCUCCUCGUCUGGCUCUAGAGAAGAGUCUCGUCUGGCCGUCCAAAGACACACAGUGUGUCCACAUGCUGAAACACCUGCAUCACGGGGCCCGCAUCACUGUCCAGAUGCCUCCCAACAUCCAGGGACACUGGGUCUCCACCAGCUGUGAGGUUCGUCCCGGUCCGGAGUUCAUCACUCGCUCGUACCGCUUCUUUCACAACAACACCUUUCAGGCUCAUCAGUUCUACUACACAGACAAUCAGUGCACCGCGCCGAGCCACACGCUGCUGAUCCGGGGCCGUGUGCGUCUGCGGCAGGCGUCCUGGAUCGUCCGAGGCGGCACCGAGGCCGACUAUCAGAUCCACGGCAUGCGUGUGGUGUGUCACUCGGCGUCUGUGGCCCGAGAGCUUUCUCAGCGGCUGAAGCACAGCUGCAGGGAUCCGGGCUCCUGGCUGCCGAACGUGAGCUACGAGCUGUGGAGCGACGAGGGCGACUGCGGCUGCAUCUGCGCACUGAACGUCUCCAUGCACGAGCUGCAGCUGCUGCGGCUGGAGAAGCAGUACCUGCAUCACAGUCUGGAUCAGCUGCUGGAGGAGCUGUACCUGGGAGACAUUCACACCGAAGCGGCGCAGAGGAUGCUCUACAGACCCUCCAGCUACCAGCCGGCGCUGCAGAACACGCAGAAUCAGGAUCUCAGCUGCGUCGUCUGUCGGAUCGUCUCGCGCUCGGACGAGUUUCACCCGGCUGUCCUCCCGCCGCGGCCCGAGCUGACGGUGACCCUGAGCGGUCAGUGGGCGUCCCGCCGCUGCGAGGUCCGGCCCGAGGUCCUGUUCCUCACGAGACACUUCAUCUUCCACGACGACAACCACACGUGGGAGGGUCACUACUAUCACUACUCUGACCCGGCCUGCAGACACCCCACCUUCAGCCUGUUCGCCCGCGGACACUACAGCCGCGGCCCGCGCUCCACACGCGUCAUGGGCGGCACCGACUUUGAGUUCAGAGUGAGUCACAUGCGCGUGACGCCGAUGGAUCUGGCGACCGUGUCUCUGCUGAACGUGUUUAAAGGGAACAGCUGCGGUGCUCAGGGCUCGUGGCAGGUGGGCGUGGAGCAGGACGUGACUCCGACCAAUGGCUGCGCAGCGCUGGGGCUCCGCCUCCCGCACACCGAGUAUGAGCUCUUCCGCUUGGAGCGCGACGCUGCCGGCCGACUCCUGCUGUUCAACGGCCAGCGGCCCAGCGACGGCUCCAGCCCUGACCGGCCCGACAGACGGCCCACGUCCUACCAGACCCCGCUGGUGCAGUGCUCCGCUGGGGGUCAGAGGUCAGAGGUCAGCGCCGCGCAGCGCCUCAGCAACGGCGGCCGGCCCCGUUACCACGGCGACCUGGCGACAGCAGCGGCAGCUGUGCUCUGGAGUUUGGCGUUUAUGGGUUUCUUGGGCUGAGAGACGUAAAAUCAAACAGAUGUUUGUGACCCAGAAUGCACUUGACGGGACGAGACGAAUGAAAACUGCUGCACAACAGGAACCGCACUUUACUAGAAGCCCCGCGCUUUCACUCCUGACGGGACUUCACAUCCUAAAACACAUCUGCAAAUGAGUUGCAAAGGGAAAAAUCUCCCAAAAAACAGAUUCUGUCAUUAUUUAUUCAUUUUUAAUACGACGAUGUAGGAUCAAAUCUGAUUUUUCCAAAUGUGGCUCCUGGACUGUCAAACUCCAGAAAGAGUCAUCAAAUGUGUUGCUUUGUUUCCUUAAAUGUUUGACAGAAAAUGAAAAGCUUAGAUGACAAAAUGAUGACAGAACUUUCCUUUCUGGGUGUUUUUCCCUCUCUGAGUGAGACGUGGAUGUUCAUAUCAGGAGUAUUUUAUACACGAGUGAACGUUUUAAGGGCUGCAUGGAAGGAAAGGGAAAUAUUGUAACUGUAGAUCAUCACUGCUGACUUCCACAACCUUUGGUACUUAAGUUUCAAAAGUCCUGAAUCACAACGUGAAAAAAAUUCAAGCUGGGGAAAAAAAAAUUGUGUCUUCGAUCCUUCCUGAGCCCAAGGCCAAAGAUUUUGUUUUCUGAGAUUGUUUUUUUUCUCUCCAAAAAAAAAAAAAAAAAAAAAAACUCACAUUUUUUUCUCAUCCAAAAGUUUUUUUAUCUCAUC